AUGAUGGCCGUAGGGAGACCAGCCGCAGCGUACCUCGACGACGAGCUUGCCAUCUCGGCUUUGGUCGCCCAACUUACUGUUGAUGACAUCCAUCAUCUUCGUAGCUCCAACAAGGGCAAGAAAAGCGCGCUCUCUGGUCCGACUGACGAGGAGGUUGCGCUUCAACUGUACGAGGAUGAGGCUCGUGCCCUUCUAACCAUCACGGAGGACAUCGUUUUUGCUCGCAGUGUUGACUCCGCGCUCGACACGGACUACGCUCUCUUAGAAGAAAUAGCCCGAGCCGAGGCAGGUGCUCGCGAGGAUCGAGAGAUGGCGGUUGCCCUCUCGGAGGGCCGACCGGCGACCUCUCGAUCUCCUACACCGGCUUCAUUGCUUGUUUCUUCAGAUGUAUUGAACAAUCUCUUGACCGUCUUUCCGGACAGGACGAGUCACGGUGCUUCUCGAACGUUGUCAUUUGGGCCGACGGAUGUUUCGGUUCCACGAAUCGCCUCGUCGAGCAAGGUGGUUCUCCAUUCUACCAAAUCCGUCGCAAGGAAGCGGGAAGAAUGUGUCAUAUGCACCGAUCGCAUAGAUGGUGUGGAAAUCCGUGCACCCUGCGGUCAUUUCUACGAUGUAGGAUGUCUCAUGGAUCUUUUCCGCUCCGCAACAGUGGACGAGUCCCUCUUCCCACCGAGGUGCUGUCAGCAACCCUUUGCUUUUAACGAAGUUCGAUGCUACCUUGGUGCAGAAUUAUCUGCUUCGUUCGAGGCGAAGGCGGUUGAAUUUUCUACGGCGAACCGUCUUUAUUGUCAUCGUCCGACAUGCUCAGCCUUCCUCGGCUCGAAAACUGCAGACGUGACAUCCCGCACCUGUUUAAAGUGCUUCUCCCAGACGUGCGGUCGUUGCAAGGAGGCGGCGCAUGGCACCCUUUCCUGCACCGACGCGGACGACGCAUCUAUCCUCGCUCUGGCUCAAGAGGCAGGCUGGAAGCGUUGCCCUCGUUGCCGCCAUAUGGUGGAGCUUGCCAUCGGCUGCUACCACAUGACUUGCCGUUGCAGGAUGGAGUUCUGCUAUGUCUGCACUGAGACAUGGAAGAACUGCACCUGUCCUCAAUGGGAUGAGACCAGGCUGUAUGCUGCAGCGGAGAAUCGUGUUCAAAGGCAGAUGCCUGAGGUCCCUCAGCUGCAGUUUCAUCAGAUGGUCGCGCAGGUCGCAGCGAUGAUCACGACUGUCGACACACGUGGCGGCGCCGUAGUGGCGGAGGUCAGUGCGAACAGUGUCACCAUCACUUGCGUGAUUUCCUCCUGCGUUGUCCGCAUUGUGAGAUGCUCGUUUGCGUACGGUGUCGCCGCAACCGCAUGUAGGCCACGUGCGCUGCAGAUUGAUCAGGAUCUUUCUUGA